AGCGCCCGCCCGGGCCAGGCCCCGGCUCCCCGGCACUCCUCCCAGCGCCUGACCCCGGCUCCACGCCUCUCUGUGCGGACACGGCGCCGGGACGGCCGCCGGCGAGCCAGGCCUACAAGUUCUCGCCUUUCUACAACCCGCGGGGGUGCCGCGGGACUAUUCCUAGCCCGCCAGAGAGGAGCCCGCCCGCCCGGGAGCAGCGGCAGAGCCUGCCCGCCGCGCCUCUCCGCUCCCUCCUCCGCCUUUCCCGGGGCCCGCGGGGCUCAGGCACCAGAGCUGCGAGGGAAGCUCCUCCGCGGCAGCCGUGAUGGAGCGCGGCGGGACGGAGCCGCCGCCGGCCGCCACUCACCAGGUAGAAACAGAUGACCAAACAGCCCUCGUUAGUAAGCCCAGGAAUAAAGGAGGAAACAGUGAUCUGGCUUCAGCUGGUUUUAACAUUAUCAAUUCUAUCAUAGGAUCAGGCAUUAUAGGAUUGCCAUAUUCAAUGAAAGAAGCUGGUUUUCCUCUAGGAGUACUGCUUUUACUUGGGGUUGCCUAUAUCACAGAUUAUUCAAUUAUAUUACUGAUCAAAGGAGGAAACCUCUCCAGUACCAACACCUAUCAAGAACUGGUCAGAAAAACAUACGGUCUUGUAGGCUAUCUAAUUCUUUCAACUCUUCAAUUUUUAUAUCCAUUUAUUGCUAUGAUUAGUUACAACAUAAUAACAGGAGACACUUUAACUAAAGUUUUUCAGAGAAUUCCUGGAGUUGCACCAGAUAACACCCUUACUGACCGUCACUUCAUAAUUCUUCUUACCACCAUCAUCUUUACCUUGCCUUUAUCUUUGUAUCGAGACAUAGCAAAACUGGGAAAGGUAUCUCUUAUUUCUCUGAUUUUAACCAUUGUCAUCCUGGUUAUUGUGAUGGUGAGAACAGUAACAUUCAGUCCACAAGUACCCAAAUCAGAAAAUGCAUGGAUAUUUGCAAAAUCAAAUGCAGUACAAGCCGUUGGGGUGAUGUCAUUUGCAUUCAUCUGCAACCAUAACAGCUUUUUAAUAUAUGGAUCUCUGGAAGAACCCACAUUAAAGAACUGGUCUCGAGUCACACAUGUGUCUGUCUCACUUGCUCUUGUUAUCAGUGUAGUUUUCGCUGCGUGUGGAUAUAUGACUUUUACAGGAUACACAGAAGGAGAUAUAUUUGAAAACUACUGUAGAGAUGACAACCUUGCUACAUUUGGAAGGUUUUGUUACGGAGUUACUGUAAUUCUGACCUUCCCCCUUGAAUGUUUUGUGACCAGAGAGGUGAUUGCCAAUGUGUUUUUCCAUGGGAACCUCUCAACAGUUUUCCAUAUUGUUGUGACAGUAGUUAUCAUUGCUGUGGCGACUGGUAUAUCAUUAGUGUAUGAUUGCCUUGGAAUAGUUUUAGAGCUGAAUGGUGUUCUGAGUGCUACCCCACUUGUUUUUAUCAUCCCAACAGCAUGUUAUCUAAGACUGUCCAAAGAGCGAUGGAACCAUUCAGAUAACCUCAUAUCCUGCCUGAUCCUUGCUGUCGGUGUGCUAGUGAUGACAGUUGGGUUUGUUUUGACUAUCUUGAAUCCCCAGGAAUGUAGCCACGGAAAAGAAAUGUUCUACUGCUUCUCUAGUAAUGUUUCUUUUCGCAACAGUACACUUCCACCAUAGGUGGCACGCCAGUCUCCAGACUAGAUCAGGUACAUCUUACAACAAGCCAUACAUGUCAGUUUAAACAAGAGUGGAACAAAGAGCUUUUAUGCUUUGAUAUGCACUAAGAAUUUUAAGCUGUGUAACAAUAUUUACAUACUUGGUUUUAUGCUGCCAUCCUUUUCCAGGUAAGACUUAAGUUUUAGCUGUCGAAACAGAAGUUCUCAGAGGUGCCUUUCAGUAGAUGUUACUUGAAUAACUUGCAAACCUAUC